GUUGUCACACCAUACAUCGCCCCAACAUGGCGCGUGUUUUAGAGUGGGUUUUCUUCCUGUACUUCGCCUCACAUAUUCCCAUCACUGUCCUGUUCGACUCGCAGGCACUGCUGCCAAAGGAGCUGUACCCUCAAGCCCUGAGUGAGAUUAAGGAGGUCUAUGCUCGCGGUGCGAAGGAUGCCCUGAUGGCGGACCCACCCAUUUGGUUCCAGGGGAUUAUUUGUGUGGAACUGCUCUUCCAGUUUCCUUUCUUCUUUGUGGCAGCGUAUGCCUUCCUCAUGGGUAAGUGUAAGUGGAUCCGCCUGCCAGUGAUCAUCUACUCCACCCACACGGCCACCACCCUCAUCCCCAUCCUCACUCAGAUCUUCUUCGCAGACUUCUCUGACUCCCCCGUCCCCGGCCCGGCCACCUUCGAGGAGCGCAUGACCCUCGCCACCAUCUACAUGCCGUAUCUGGUCAUCCCCCUGCUGAUGCUGUUUGUCAUGGUGUUCAGCGAUGAUUACAAACCACAUCUGCACAUCAAAUCCCACUAGAUUAGGCCACACUGAUUGAAUUUCAUGGAUGACAU